GGAAACCCCUUUAGCCGGACCUAAAAUAUUUUCAACACAUCGCGAGCCUUACCGACGAGGGCAGAGAGCCCGCGCUCCACCGACCCGAGCUCCUUUCUCUCUCGCUCCGACCUCCUACUCCGGUGACCGGUUCCGGCGGCUCCCAUCCGGCCUCAAGCGGCGAGGGAAACAAAGGAGAUGGUGAAAUCAGGUGCUGCAGCCAAAGUUGUAUACGAUCCUUCAAAUUCCUACCGUAGUAAAUCUCAUUCUAGAGCAUCUUCCGGUGAAUGGCACAACUUCAUGUCAUCCAACAUUGGAGAUAUGUAUCAGAAGCCGGUGUCUAGAGAAUCUUCUAGUUAUCUGGACAGUGAGAAUGAGGAAAUGGACAUGUCAAGAAUAUUGAAGGAUAUAGAAUACUUGGGUGCCUCUAAUAUGUCCUGGAAGGAGAGGAAAAAGUUGCAGAACCAGAAUGUUGUUGCUUUGGGUGGAAAGCCUCCUAAGAAGCAUAGAACACCGCUUAGUGUGGCAAAACCAGCUAUAAAAAAUCAAAAGCGAAGAGAACAAAAGAAAAUAGAAGAGGGGUUGGUUCUUGGUCGAUUUGUUAAGAAUGCUGCAAAAAGCAAUAAUAAACCACAGAAGCUAAAACCUGAAGACAGAGUGUUGAAGGCAAGUGAAGGUUAUUUCAGGAAAGGUGUGCUUAAUGUGAAUCAUCUGUUGGCACCAACUCCACCGAAAGGUGAUGGAUCACAUAUCAAGGUUGGUAAAGGAAAGAAGAAAGGGAAAGGGAAGAAAAAGGGUAAGGGAAAUAGGAGAAGGGGGCAUUAAGUGCUCCACCUUUUUUUUUUUUCAGUUGCCUUUCUUUGGACUGCUUUAUAUGAAAUUUUGGUAUGUAUUGACACUUAUUGCCGAGGAACAUCUCACACAACUUUAAGUUUUCCUCUUUUAAUGCUUUUUGAGUAAAAAAGGGAAGUAUUCUUUGGAAUUAAAGUUACAUGAGAUGAUAUUAGUCCAAGAAUCGAUCUCAAAAGUUUCACGUCAUUGUCAUGGCACUUGCUGCAGAGUAUGUAAUAGAGAUAAAUAUAUAAAUACAUCAUUUCAUCUAGGUUCUUUUGGUUGC